UAGCAAAGCGUGGUAGACGCUUACUGGAUGUUCAGCCCCAACCCUUCGGGCCCCGCACUGUCCCCAUGGGUGCCUUUCUACCUACCUAUGCGGGCGCGCCUUGGAAAGCAUAUGUAGCUUACUUUGCCUCUCCACCUGAUGAGAAGAUCUUUAUACAGACCAGGAGAAUGGAGACGCCAUGUCUGAUAGAUCGGCCACCGCACCCCCUAAGCGGCCACGCGUUGUCCGUCUAAAGCAGUCGAGUGCUGGUUGUCGCACCUGUCGACUUCGCAGGGUCAAGUGCGAUGAGCAGCGCCCGCAAUGUCAGAAUUGUAUCCGCCUUGGGCGUGAAUGCAGUUACGCCACGGUGGAAAUCUACAUGCGAGAGCAUGAACCGUCCGAUGUGACCCCAUCGGGCAGCAAUUCACCAGUCACUACGGAACAUGCCAUGAAACUUCAACCUCUGCGUCUCACAGCCGGACGACCGAAAGCCCCACCGCCCACCUCCCUGGCCCACGACUCCCAGGCUCUUGUGCGUCAGACGAGCAUAUUCGGAGGCUACGUAGGACAGCCGGCCGCCAGUCUCGAGAGCUGGAAACACGUCUCCACUCACCUUCGCGAUGGCUUCAUUGCCCAGUGUCGCCCCGAUGCGAAUCGAUCGCCGCAUUGGAGUACCUCGCUGCUGGCGACGACCGACAUGACGUCGCCCUGGGUUGCCUUCAGCACCACCGCCCUGUCCCUACUCCACGUCGCCUCGAUGCAGAGACAAGUUGACCUCCGCGUGCUUCACGAAGCCCGCAGAGCAUACGGCGCUGCUAUUGUCUCCGUCAGACGCGCCCUCGACGAUGCCAGUACGCAAAAAGUCAUCCCCGGCGACUUGGUCCUCGGAAUCGAGUUGCUCGGGCUCUAUAGUGAACCGGUCAUCUCUUCGCAGCCGCAAACGGAGCGUACCUGGGACAAGCACAUCUUGGCCAGCGCAGAGCUGAUCCAACGCAUGGGUGCCGCUGCGUUCGAUGUGUCGCCAACGAGCCAGAAGGUAGCCGUGCCGAACCUGCAGAGUGUAGUGUUUGGGGGCUACAAGAUGUUCAUGGCUCUCCGCCGCCGCAUGAAUGUCGAUGUACAAGCACUGGUCGACAUUCAGACUACUUUACCGGGAUCGAUUGAAAGCAUCAAAGCAGGAGCGGUGAGGGGAUACGUUCCUCUCUUUCGCUUUCCCGAGCUUCUCGAGAGGAGCGAUGUGCUUGUACAAAGUUCUUUGCCAUCGGAUGCCGGCGAAAUCGCGCGGCUCGUCCAAAAAUUGCUGCGCUUCAGUGAGGGCGUGAUGACCUGGCAGUCUUCAGACAUUUUCCCAAAAGUCGCUCGCUCCAGUGCUACUGACCUCGAUCUCGAUAUCGAGGAGCAUCGCUUUCUGUCCUCCCGACCGAUGUUCCAGCCUUGGAACUCCUUCUCCCAUUGGCCGCAUGGCCAGAUCGCCACCGCCAUGGUAAGCUGGAUCAGCAGUCUGACUGCGGACUGCGCCACCCUGCGCCUCUUGUACUUUCGAUGCAACGGGGAGGAAAGCUGGGAGUCUACGGUUCAGGCGGUGCGGCGGAACGCUUACAAUACCGCCGCGCAAAUGUGUCGUUCCAUCCAGUCUAUCAGCCGGCUGGACAACCUGAAAUACGCGCGCCCGGUGCACCUGCUCCUCGCCAUGGCCGGCGCCGUCUUCCAUGAGCUCGGAGCGGAGGAGGAAAGCGAUUGGUGCCGGGAUUGUCAAUUCGCAACGCAGGCACGGUUACGUCGACUGGCGCCCGGCCAGCCGCGGUCGCUCUGUCGGAUCGAGGAUGUUGCCCCGGCUAUCGUGAACGGCGUCCGAUUCCGCACGAGAGAUGUGCCGCGCCCGGAGGACAUUAUAACGUGACUGCGGCCGACCCUUCCGAUUCAGCGGGACACCCUGCCGAUGACCACCUCCCAUACAGCGAUUGAACGAAUUGCACUGCAACCAUGAUGUAGGAUGGGGUGCAGAUCGCCUCGCCGAUCGUGGGGGAUAUUCAAGCCCCGGUUUAGGCUAAACUUCGCGUUAUGCAUGAAGCGUGGAGGACCCGGUGGGGGAGUCUCGCGUCGCCUCUUGAUACAGUACAAUAUGCCACAUUUGUAUACACUACAUGUUGAAAGUCAGCGUAGACGGCAACGUC